GUUUACAUAUCUCCCACUUCCGGCGAGUUUCCUGUCCCCAAUGUCCGAGUGGCACAGUAGCAUUAACGACUGUUCAAAAAAGGUUAUCGUAUAAAUGUAUAUUUGUUACAUGAAAGAUUCCGGCACACACUUGUGCACUGCCAUUCUAAGUCACGAUGCCUCUCUCUCCUGCCAACCAGUGGCAGCUAAUUCGAGCUGGUCAGAAGGACGAAUACUACCAGACCUUCCUUAGGAACAACGCUAAUGAAACUUUUCAAACACUUGCCGGAUCGAAAAGGUGGCUGGACUGGAGGAAAGAAGUUGAGCUACUUUCAGACGUCGCUUAUUUUUGUUUAACAACACUCAUAGGUAACCAGACCCUGGGUGAGGAAUAUGUCAAUAUCAUCCAAGUUGACCCAAGUAAAAGACGCAUCCCUUCCCUAGCCAGACGAGGCCUCUUUAUUUUCUGUCAUACAUUCCUGCCCUACAUCUUGGACAAGAUCUUGAUCUGUUUGGAGAACGAGCUCGAAGGCACACAGGAGCCUAGCUGCGGUGUUAGACGUCGGCAGGCUGCGUCUGGGCCAUGGAGCCUGGAAUUGUGGCUGAGGAGGUGCAUACGAAAGGCAGUGGGACUGAUGUCGGAGCCCCAAAGGAAAACGUGUUUGCCUGCUGUAUUUGUCCUCCAGCAGACACUCACCCUCCUGCACAGAUUUCACCUGGCUCUUUUUUAUGUCAGUGGUAUUUUCUAUCAACUGUCCAAGAGGACUUCUGCGAUCCGCUAUCUGCGUGUUUCAGGGCCUCAGGAUGAUGAUGGGACCAUCAGGAACAGCUACAGGCUGCUGGGAGCCGUCUCCCUCAUCCAGCUGCUCAUCACAGUGUGUCUGCAGCUCAACAACUUCAGACAAAGACAGAGAGCCAGGCAGGAGUGGAAACAUUUCAGGAACCUCACCGACGGUCCACAGGAAACCCAGAAGUCAAGGUCCUCGCCCACCCGCUGCAUCCUCUGCUUGGAGGAGCGCAGACAUUCAACUUCUACCCCCUGCGGACACCUCUUCUGCUGGGAGUGUAUCACAGAGUGGUGCAACACCAAGGCCGAGUGCCCCCUGUGCCGUGAGAAGUUCCAACCACACCGACUUGUGUACCUGAGGAACUACAGUUAAAAGAUGCGUUUUUAGUGUUUUUUUUUUUAUUAAUAUUGAUCAAGCGGUACGGAAGA